AUGUCUUCGGGAUACGGCAGCACGGUGUCCAAGUUGCGGAACGACGCGAACAGCCUCCGACACCAGCUGGGAUGGUUGUCAAAUUCAGCCGACUCUACAUCCAACUGGUAUACCACUGAAUUUCUGAACACCUUGGAGCUUGGCAUGACCACAGUGUACAAACUGGCCGUUCUACUUCGUGGAGACUAUGACAACUCGCCUCAACCAAACUCAAAGGCUCAGCAGGACUACGUGAUGUCGAUGAUGGUACAGUAUUUUAAUAUCGUCGAGACCUAUGCGAAUAAUGGUCUCCAGAAGUUGCAGGAAAGCUCCAAGAAGAUUGUUGAGCUGCAGACCCUGGAGAUGAUCCCUCUAGGUCAAAAGGUCGAAAGCCUACUGAAGGAAUUGGAGGCCAAAGCCCUAUCCCUCAAUCAGGAUAUGGAGCAGAAGACAAGUCAGCUGAAAGCUCUGCAGGCUUCCUACCAGAAAGAGCUCGAGGCCAGGCAGGCACUGGCGCAGAAAGCUGCCGAUGCCAGGGCGGAGCGAGAAAAGGAGGAGCUUGGGUGGCGAAUUGCGUCGUUCAACAUCACGGCGCUGACGGGGACUCCUGACCUCUUCGGCUUCGAGGACCAGGUAAAAGACCUCGAGGCGCAGCUCACCAAAUCAAAUGAAGGCAUCAUACAGACAAACCUGGUCCUUCAAACCCUUGGAAACGCCAAGGUUGAGGCUGAAAAUUCCGAGCGCCUAUUGCGAGGCUUGCGGGACACGCUUCCUGCCACGGGCCAGAUCAUUGAAACCGGCAUUAAGCACGCGGGGGAUCUGCAACAAUCCCUCAACAAGAUGAAAACUGUGUCCGGCACCUUGCUGACUCGAGCCAAAGAGAUGAAAGGGGGCUCAAACGCAACCAAAUCAGUUGCAUCCAGCAAGGGUCAGAUUUCGUACGCGGUUGUCAACAUGUGUGUCGAUGCGUUGGUCCACUUCCGCCUGCUCGACGAAGUCAAGAUGGUCCGCGACGAGCUGGUCAAUAACUAUGGCGCACCGCUCCCCGAACAAGUUGCCGAUAUUCUUGCAGAGCUGGACAAGAAGUGGAGCGACAUGGCCGGCACCAAGCCCGUCAGAAAGCUGAAAAUCAUUGGCGCAACAUACGGCGGGAGGCAGGUGACAGCUGACGUCCGAAGGCAUGUCAAGGACGACCAAACCGUGCUCCUGGACUCGACGCGCUUCACGACAGACUUGAUUCCUGAUCCCAUCCCCGGCCAACCCAAGGUAUUUACGCUUUUCUACGAAUAUGAAGGACAAGAUAAAGCUUUAUUGAAGAUGAAGGACUCCAGCGGCUCCAUUACUCUCACCUCUGACUCGCAAUUCACCGAUCUAGUAAGGAUUACCACUAUCAAGGAAGGGAAAACACGCCUGGGGGGCGAGACCAUCAUCUAUGCAGUAAUCUACGGAGAUGAGAUUUUCACGUCUACUGAUGUUUACAACAAAAUAUGGGACAUGGAUCAAGGGCGGAAGUGGAAGAUCGACAACGAGUCCUUCGGCAAAGAUCCCUGGCCGCGUGUUGUGAAAACGGGAACCUUGUACUACAGCAUGGGAAAAGGAUUUCCGGACAGCGUUUGGACUGGAAAGGAGGGAAGAGAUACAUGGUACCCUGAUAAGUCGGCGCGCUCUACUGCGUGA